GAUAGUCGUUACGCUUGAGCCGUCGGUUUCGCACGAUUUGCACAAGCGGGAGUACGGAACAAACGCAUUUUAAUUCUAAAGUUAAAACUCGCUCGCGAGUUAACGUGACAUUACGCGCGAUUGCGCGAAUUCCAGACCUUGUCAACAACCGGAUUUCCGAAUAUCCGAAUAGAGAAAAAAUAAAAACUUGCGGAAGGUGGCAGCAGACAGUGAUAUGAAGAAAACGAAAACGAAUAAUGCUACCGAGUAUGCAAAUGUGAACGUCAAGCAAGUUCCUAACGGUAGGGAUGAUCAUGUCGAUGCUGACGCGAGUGUGGACGCCGUGCAGAUCGCGAUUGGCAAUCUCGGCAGAUGGCAAAUCAUCAUCUGCCUGGCGAUUUCCUUGGUCAAAUUUCCGGUAGCGUGGCAUCAAUUAGCGAUCGUUUUUAUGGCGCCUCAUCAGGACUACAACUGCACGGAACCUGCUGCUGCGGAGGAAUACUCGGAGGACCAAUGCACAGCCAAUCUUAACGGCACGCUAAUAAAAUGCACGGAAUGGGAAUACGACAGGAAGAUAUUUCCCGAGACCGUCAUAUCGCAGUGGAAUCUAGUCUGUGAUCGAACGCAUUACGCGAACAUUCAACAGUCUAUUCUUAUGUUCGGAGUGCUUCUUGGCAACAUAAUCUUCGGCAGUUUAUCAGACAGAUACGGCAGGAAAAUGCCGCUGAUGAUUUCGGUCGUUCUACAACUUUUAUCGGGUAUUGGAUGCGCCGUGGUACCUUGGUUUUACGCGCUACUGCUGAUGAAGUUGUUAAGCGCCUUAGCCACCGGAGGAACGAUGGUUACUAGUUACGUUAUCUGUAUGGAAAUAGUGGGUACAAAAUGGCGUGCCGCCAUCACUGUUUUAUAUCAAAUUCCAUUCAGUUUAGGCCACAUGUCGCUGGCAGGACUGGCCUUCUGGUUUCGGCAUUGGCAACAUCUACAGAUUGCCAUUACACUUCCGUCUGUCGUUCUUUUAAGUUAUUGGUGGAUAGUACCUGAAUCACCCAGGUGGUUGCUAGCUAUGGGAAAACAGAAGGAAGUAUGCGAGAUAUUGCAGAAGGCGGUCGACGUUAAUAAAGUGGAAAAUAUAGACAUUCCCGAAGUGGUCAGGAAACACUGUUUGCACCAGAAUCUUAGAAAAUCUACGCAGGAUUACAGAGCUUCGUUUUUCGACUUGCUCCGCACGCCGAACAUGCGAGUAAAGUCGCUCUCUAUCUUCUUCAAUUGGAUCGUCUGCGGAAUGGGUUUGUUUGGCAUAUCACAGUACAUCGGCCAGGUCGGUGGCGAUAUUUUCAUUAAUUUCGCAGUGUCCGGCGCUAUACAGAUUCCUGGGAAUUUUGUCGCUUGGUGGGCAAUGAAUACAUUAGGCCGACGGAUUACCCUGAUUUGCAGUCAUUCUAUAAGCGGCGUGGCCUGUCUAUUCUUAAUUAUUGUCUCAGACAAUAUGGCAUGGUUAAGACUGCUUUUGGCAUGCCUCGGUAUUGUCGGCAUGUCGGUGUCGUUUACAACAGUCUACCUUUUCUCCGGAGAACUGUUUCCUACAGUCGUGAGGAACAUCGGAAUCGGCGCGAGCAGCAUGUGCGCCAGAGUGGGCUCUAUCCUAGCGCCGUUUGUAGUAUCUUUGAAUUACAUUGAAACGUGGCUGCCACCCACUAUAUUUGGAGUUUUGCCAUUGAUUGGAUCCGCAUUAUGCCUGUUAUUGCCGGAAACUGCCGAAUGCACAUUACCGGAAACGCUUCAAGAUGGCGAAGAAUUCGGGAAGAAGCGCAAGUUGAAGGAAAAACGUGGCGAUUUCGAAGCAGAAGCAACUUUCUAAAGAAAAAAUCACCGUCACAAUGAAGUCUUAAAUACAGUUGAAUCUCGAUAACUCGAAUCUCAAGGGAGGAGCUAUAAAUAAAAAAAUCAAAGUUUUUUUUUUAUCAAAGUUUGAGUAAAAGAGAAUUGACAUAAAAAUUCGAACUUACGGAAACUUUGUACGAGAGUUUAUAAUUUUGCGAUUGUAGUGGCUUUUAAAGGAAAAAAUUCGAGGGAUUUACGAGUUAUCGAGAUUCAACUGUAUAUUCUAGACUUUUAGAGAAAGCGCGCCCGCCGUGUGCGACCGCGCGCUCACGCACAUACCACACGCGCGCUCGCGUUAUAUGAAAUUAUGACAAGUGAUCCGAGUGUUAAUCGUGCCGCGUUAAUCGUCGAUGCCAGCGUAUAAAGCAAGCCGCGUGCGAAUAUUUAAAAUCUCUAUUUAUUAUAUUACUAUUAUUAUAUAAUAUUUUAAUAUUAACAAAAUUAUAGCUCUAGCGUCAUUCAUCUCAUCAAGUUUCCAACUCAUAUUUUUCAUAAUAUUAUAAUUUAAAGCAGACGUUUUAUAGAUAAAAAAAAUAUAUAUAUGUAAUAAUUAUAAAAAAAUAUUUUUAUAGAAAGGUAGAAAAGUACGUAACUGUACCAAUGCGUUUUACAAGAAAUUCAGACAAAAUGUUUUAUAGCAAGUUAAUUAAAAAAAAUUUUUACUGCCAAAUAAAUAGGUAUACGUGAUUAUUAUGUACGAUCUUUCACUGAAUGUAUAUAAAAACAGAAAUUUCCAUUUGUAAGGAAAGCAUUUUCUAUUUAUUAAAUACUCAAAAUCAA